CAGCACGAGAAGUCAAAUUGGAAUCAGGUGGAGUCCGGGUUGAAAUUUCCGACUCGAGAUGGGUCCGGCUCUAUCGACCGAAACCGGACGUGCCCAUUGCCCCCAUCUUCCUCUCUCUCUCUAAAACUGGUCUCGUUCCGCCACCAGAAAACCCCCGCCUAAACCCCUCUCUCUCGCUUCCUUCAGCCGCGCCAACCCUCAUUCAGCCCCCUAUCGCCGAACUCUCUCUCCCCCAUUAGAACCCGUCACCAUCUCUAUCUCUCUCUCAUGGCUUCUAGUGCCAGGCGAUGCUUGGGCUCCAUAAUCUCCCGGUCCUUCUCCCACUCAAUGACCCUUUCUGUCUCUUCGUCCUCACGCUCCUCUCUCUCCCAUGGCCUUCAUUUUACUCUUCGCUCCUCUUCCACAGUUCUUCCUUUCUCGUUGUGGAGAAUCCCCAUGAGGUUGAGCUCCUCGGGUUCUGGUUAUUCUCCUCUUAAUGAUCCAUCACCCAACUGGAGUAACAGGCCCCCUAAAGAGACCAUUAUGUUGGAUGGUUGUGACUAUGAGCACUGGCUCAUUGUUAUGGAGUUUCCUGAGGACCCUAAACCAUCUGAGGAUGAAAUGAUCGCUGCUUAUGUUAAAACUCUUGCUGCUGUAGUUGGAAGUGAGGAGGAAGCAAAGAAGAAGAUAUACUCUGUUUGUACGACCACAUACACGGGCUUCGGCGCGCUGAUCUCUGAGGAGCUCUCCUACAAAGUUAAAGGACUACCUGGUGUUCUAUGGGUUCUGCCUGAUUCCUAUCUUGAUGUGCCAAAUAAGGAUUAUGGAGGGGAUUUAUUUGUAGAUGGUAAGGUCAUUCACAGGCCUCAAUAUCGUUACAGCGAGAGGCAGCCAACUAGAAAUAGGCCAAGGCCAAGAUAUGAUAGGCGCAGGGAAACAAUGCAAGAACCUUACCAAAGGGCAGGACCUCCUUUAAGAAAUAGGGAGCCAAUGCCUAUGGAUAGAAGGGAUUCGUUCCAGCCUGAAAGGAGAGAACCCUCGACACCGAGCCCAAGAGAUAUGCCUCUUACUCCUGAGAAUUCUGAGACGAGUUACCAUGAUCCAGUGCAUAGGGGAGGCUAUUAAGAUGAUCUAUGAUCUGGGCUCAAGGGCCGGAUGUACUUAGUGAUUGACUGGUUCUAAGUAAUACAUGUAAAGCUUCCUAUAUGGUUAUUUUGUGUUGGGGUUGAAAUGCUAGGAACAUCACUAGUCCAUGGACCUAAAUCAUGCUUUAAGAUUUACUGUUUAAGGUCAUUAUGAAUGCCAGUGUAAUUGGGCUUCAUCAAAGUCAGUUGUCCUCA